AAGACUAAUAUGAUGUGUAUGUGUAUGUGUAUGUACCAAAAUGUGUGACUUAUAUGGACAUGCAAGGAGGAGACUUUGUGAUGCUUGUGGCAGACUAUAAAAUGGCAGUGCUUGAUCUUCUUCUUUGCCACACCUCGGGUGAAGACUUUCUCGCUGUUAUUUUGAAUUUAUUGCUUAUGAGUUAUUGUUAUAUUAAACCGAAACCAUUUCAAAUGGUGAUUCGCUUUAACCUCUCUUAAAACAUGACUCAGAGUGAUUUAUUUAUUAUAACCUAUUAUCUGAACCUGAAAGAAUUCCUUCCAAGCCCCAAGUGACCGGACCAGGCUGAUCCAGUCAGGACAACUUCAGAGAAUAUUGAACGGUAGACUACGCACACAACCCAUCAGGCUACACAAUCAUGGGGAAGACUGCUGAUCUGACAGUUGUCCAGAAGACAAUCAUUGACAGCCUUCACAAAGAGGGUCACCUUAACCACCAGAUCCAGCCCGUAUCCAGAUCAGAUGGUCACUGCAGUCCUCUGGAUCCAGUCCGUACCCAGCCCAGACGGUGGAUCAGCACCUAGAGACGACCUCUACAGCCCUGAAUGUCUAGAUGAGCCCCAGAGACGGAUCCCCAGUGAAGACCUUGUCACCUAGACGGCCAUCGGCACAAGACCACAGGAACCAGAUGAGUCCUCUGCGUCUGGCCAGAGGAGAACUGGCCCCCCGACCGAGCCUGGUUCCUCCCAAGGUUUUAUUUUCUCCAUUUGUCACUGAUGGAGUAUUGGUUCCUUGCCGCUGUCGUCUCUGGCUUGCUUAGUUGGGGACAAUUUUCUUCACAUGAUAUUGCUGAGCUCGGCUGUCGGGAGGAGGGAAAAACUUUGGAUGAACUGAUCGAUCUAGCUGUUCGUAUCGACAAUCUCAUUCGCUCAAGGAGACCGAACAGGAGCUCAAAGUUCCAUUUACCGAACCCUCCAUCAAUUCCCGAACAAGAAGCCAUGCAAGUGGGUCACACACGACUAACCCCAGAGGAAAGAAAUCGUCGUUUCCAACUGAAUCUCUGCCUAUAUUGCGGUGAAUCCGGCCACAUGAAAGCCUCCUGUCCUUCCAGACCCAUACAGCGCACUUCCACUGCGUGGCAGCGCCGGUGAGGAGGCUUAUCGGGUCCAAGAGGUCCUUGACUCUCGGUGCCGGGGUGGAGUUCUUCGAUAUCUUGUGGACUGGGAGGGGUACGGCCCGGAAGAAAGGUCUUGGGUCAAUGCCAGUGACAUUCUGGACCCCACUUUGACCACUGAAUUUCACUCAGCCUAUCCGGAUAGGCCGGCCCCUCGCCCUCAGGAGCCGUUCGCAGGGAGGGGGCUCUGUUACAACCCCUACCUCUGUGGUUCCCCCCAGUUGUCACCAGAGGUCAUUGUCUACCGUGUUUUGAUCCUGCCACUCACACUCCAUUUCCCAUAACCCCGUACCUGGCCCUGACCUUACGGACAACCAUUUCCUAUCAUUACAAGGCCAUACUAUGACUGUUAUAGUCUAAAAAGAAAAAAACACAACAUGAUGCUGUAGGGCAGUCUCGGGGAGUGGUUUUGCUUAAAACAGUCUCUUCUCCACCUUGCGCUGUUCCGGUUGAUGGUGGAUGAUUUUUAGGUGGGGGAGUGUUACGGUCUGCUCUUUUAUCGGUGUCUUGUUUACUUUUCUGUUUACUUUUUCCUUGCUUUUCUUUGUGUAUGCAUUUUCUUUCUCUCUCUCUCUCUCUCUCUCUCUCUCUCUCUCUCUCUUUUUUCCCCUUUUAGGUGGACGCACCUGUUCAUUGUUGAGAGGCUAAUUAAGGAGAUACUAGUUAAUAUACGCCAAAGAGGAGGAGAAAAGGAAAGAUGACUGAUUAUUGUGGGCCAGCCAGCAAACAAUGUCUUUUGUCUUAUUUCUUGUUGUUGUUGUUGUUUUGUUUUGUUUUUUUUCCCCCUUUUUUGUUAGUUGUUGUCCAUUUAUGUUAAAUUGUUACUUGGUUGUUAAGUUUGUUAAUGUUGUUAUACGUCAAGUGACUGAAUAAAUAGACUUGAACAGUGACAUUGUUUACUAAUUCUUUUUAUGUUACACAAUCUCUCUUUUCUCAAGCCACUUCAACGAGUAACACUUCCAGUCAUUUGAAAGCAAACUUAUAGGGCGAUUGUCACGAAUCUGGUCGGUGCCCUACGGACUGCUCACCACCAGAUGUCACUCUCAUCUUUCCACUUCACUCUGACUGUUACGUUGCACUUCGGACUGCAUCUCCCAUCCUCCACCGCACUGAUUGCGUCAGCCCCCGUGACCAAUCAGGCUUUCUAUAAAGCCCGGACUUCCCCAGUUGAUGUCACGGAUUGUUGAACUGUAGCAUUGUUAGUGUUUUCCCUUUUGUGUAGCGUUUCUCUGGUUUCCUAGUUUUUGAUCUGGUUUCCUAGUUUUUGAUCUCCCGCCUGGUUUUUUCGUUUACAUCUGUCUAGCCGCCUGCCUUGUGGAUUAUCGCUCUUGUUUUCUGGAUUAUUCUCUCCGACUGCCUGUGACACACCUGUCUGCUCCUGUCUCGACCCUGCCUGUUCGACCUUGUGUCUGUCUUGUUUGAUUAAAUAAAGCUCGCAUAUGGAUCCGCUCGCCUCUCGUCAAUCACUCCUGGUAACAGAACAAUCCGUCACAACAGGAUCCAGCAGCUUCACCCCCGGACAUUCAGAUAUGGACACAGACACAACUCUAUGCAGAAUCAAACAAAGAUCCCACACCCUCGAACAAUAUACCCGUGAGUUUUUUGCGAUUUCCAACUAGUCCACCCUCCCAGACUGUAUUAAAAUUGAGAUUUUCUGUGACGGCGUGAACCAGCCCCUCCAUGCGCGACUGAGAUGCGAGGGCCCGCGCUCGUCGCUGGAGGCGUUUCUGAACUUUGUGCUGUUGUGUGUGGGUUCGCCGUGCACCGUGGGGGUCGCGCAGAGGGAACGCGACAACGCGGUAAUGGCGCCCGCACGUCCCACUCGCAAAUUGGCGGUCAUGCCGGAGCACGAUCCCACGAACACGUUUGCCGCCUGGAUCGCUCGUGAGAUGGCGGCCAUGCAGGAGCGCGCUCAAGCUAUGGCGGCAGCGGUGCCCAUUCACAAGAUGGCGGCAACGCCGGCGCGCGCUCACAAGAUGGCGGCGACGGCGGAGCCCGUUCACAAGAUGGCGGCGGAAACAGAGCUCCGUCACGUCACAGCUGCCAUACCAGAGCUAUAUCAAGGUACAGCUGCAUUUCCUGAGUCAAGUCAAGUUUCCAAGUCAGGUCAAGUUGCAGCUGUGUUUCCUGAGUCUAGUCAAGUUCCCAAGUCAAGUCAGAUUACAGCCAUCUUUCCAGAGCCACUGCACAAGAUGGCUGCCACGCCAGAGCCACUGCACAAGAUGGCUGCCACGCCAGAGCCACUGCACAAGAUGGCUGCCACGCCAGAGCCACUGCUCAAGAUGGCUGCCAUGCCAGAGCCACUGCACAAGAUGGCCGCCGUCUCCAAGCAACAGCACAAGAUGGCCGCCGUCUCCAAGCAACUACACAAGAUGGCCGCCGUCUCCAGGCCACUCCACAAUAUGGCCGCCAUCCGGACGCCACCUGUGGCCAUGAUGGCCCACGUGCUGGACACACCUCUAGUGACGGUAUGGGCAGCUAGAAUGGCGCUCCUUAAUGCCACAGCGGCUACCCCAGAGUCAAGUCAAGACACAGAGUCAAGCCAGGUCACAGCUGUGCCCCGCGAGUCAAGCCAAGUCACAGCUGUUCCCCAUGAGCCAAGCCAAGCUGCUGCUGUUUUUCCAGAGCCAAGUCAAACUUCAGCCGCUGCUCCAGAGUCAAGUCAGGCUACGGCUGUAGCUUCCAAGUCCAGUCAAGCUUCCAAGUCCAGUCAAGCUUCCAAGUCCAGCGACGUCAAGGCUGUCGUUCCUGAGUCAAGUCAUGUUGUUCCUGAGUCAAGUCAUGUUACAGCGGAUUUCCAUGAACCAAGCCAAGUUACAGCUGGUCGUCACAAACCGAGUCAAGUUACUCGGGCCAUGGACCAGGUGUUAAGUGGCCUAGCAGGGUUGCAGUGCUACUUAGAUGACAUCUUGGUAACAGGAAAAACAGAGGCAGAGCAUCUGAGUAAUCUGGAUAGCACACUCCAGCAUCUGAAGGAAUAUGGCCUAAGAGUGAGAAAAGAUAAACUUGAGUUUUUCAAGCAGUCAGUCGAAUACCUUGGACAUGUAAUCAACGCUGAUGGACCGCACAAGGCACAGUGGUGUACGGGCGUACCCCCCGCAGUGCGUGAGGGCCCCGUCGCAGGACAUUCUAAAAGGCAGUGUUCCGAGACACUGCAAAAGACGCGAGCCGUGAGCGCAAAGGCCUACUUCUAA